AUGUGGGCAAAGCAGCAGCAGGCCCUGUGCCCCACAGGAACUGCACAUGGGAGGCUCCAUAGAAACAGAGAUGCUGUGGCCUGGUCCUUUUCUACGCUCUGCAGAGUCUCUGGCCCAACUUUGUUCCAAAUGACCUUCACUGCUGCUCUUUGGGUUGCUGUGUUUGGUAAAUGUGGUCCACCACCUGAUUUAGCCUACGCCAUGCCAGCAAGUCAGAUGAAUCAGACAGACUUCGAAAGUUACACCACCCUGAAAUACAAUUGCCGCCCUGGCUAUAUUAGGGCAACCUCAAGCCAGACUGUUGACUGUAGACCUUCGGGGAAAUGGCAGAUUAAUAUCUCCUGUGUUAAAAAAUCAUGCAGGAAUCCAGGAGAGUUACAAAAUGGACAUGUGGAAGUUAAGACAAAUUUCUCUUUUGGAUCGCAGAUAGAAUUCAGCUGCUCAGAAGGAUAUUUCUUAGUCGGCUCAUCCACUAGUUAUUGUGAGAUCCAAGGCAAAGGAGUUAUGUGGAGUGAUCCUCUCCCAGAAUGUGUAAUUGUCAAGUGUGGGUCCCCUCCAGAUAUCAGCAACGGGAACCACAAUGGUGGAGAUGAAGACUUCUACACAUACAGCUCCUCAGUCACCUAUAGGUGUGAUCCCAACUUCUCGCUCUCUGGCAGUGCCUCCAUUACUUGCACUGUGGUGAACAAAACAAUAGGUGUUUGGAGCCCAAGCCCUCCUACUUGUGAGAGAAUCAUCUGUCCUCAGCCAAACAUUUCACAUGGAGUGAUUGUUUCUGGAUAUAAACCUACCUAUAAAUACAAAGACUCUGUUAGAUUUGACUGCGUGAAAGGGUCUGUCCUCAGAAGCAGCAGUGUAAUCCAUUGUGAAGCUGAUGGCAACUGGAGUUCUUAUCCGAUUUGUGAGCUCAAUAGUUGCACUAAUAUCCCAGACAUUCCAAAUGCUCACUGGGUAAGCAAUCGCAAGCCAAGAAAGGAAGAUGCAUAUGUCGUGGGGACUGUGUUCUACUACCGCUGUCAUUAUGGGUAUGAACCUAAAGAGCUCAUGGCUGUGACUUGUCAGAAGGAUUUCAGCUGGAGCCUGUUUAAAGGAUGUAAGGAGUUAUGCUGUCCAGCACCAGACCCAAAGAGUGUUACAGUCAUCCAGCAUACAAAAGCGCAUCCUGAGAAUGGCUGUACUUAUUUCUAUGGUGACAAAGUUUCAUAUGUAUGUGAUGGUAGUAAAAUCUUUUCAGCUACUUGCAGAUCAGAUGGCACAUGGCAACCCCAAACACCAGCAUGUUAUCUGAGUUGUAAUUUUCCGCCUGUCAUCGCCCACGGACGUUAUACAAUAUCUAAACCAUUCUACAGCACAACUAAGGUUACAUAUGAAUGUGAUGAAGGAUAUAGACUGGUUGGAGAGGCAACCAUCUCCUGUACAUCUUCACAAUUGAGAGCAGCAGCUCCACAGUGUAAAGCUCUAUGUCGGAAACCAGAGAUAGAAAAUGGAAUGCUGUCUGCUGAUAAAGAUCAGUAUGUUGAAUCUGAAAAUGUCACCAUCCAAUGUUACUCUGGCUUUGUCAUGCUGGGUUCCCAAAGCAUCACUUGUUCAGAAAACAGAACCUGGUACCCAGAGGUGCCCAGAUGUGAUCGGGAGGCCAAUAAAGACUGUGAGCAUGUGUUUGCAGGCAAGAAGAUCAUGCAAUGUCUGCCAAAUUCAAAUGAUGUGAAAAUGGCUCUGGAGGUCUACAAGCUGACUCUGGAGAUUGAAUUACUAAAGCUCCAGAUAGACAAGGCAAAACUCACUGACCAGGAGUUAUGACUGGACAUUCUCUCAAGGAGGAAGAAGUACCUCAUUGGCUUUCUGAGUUCAGUGCCAAACAGAUUCCCUGCACUUAGCAACCUUU